GUGAGUUGUGACUAUUAAACGUCAACGUCAAUGUCAGAUAUAAAAUUAAAUGUCAAUUUCAUCUGUUUUACAAUUUUUGCCGAAUUUACAUAAAAAACAACAAAGAAACAAGUGAAUUUUAACUAUACACUUACAUAAAUUUUGCUGUUCGAAAUCAGGUACAAAUGGAUGAAGAUGACGAUGUACCGGCAUUAUCUGCAGAGACAUUUGCAGCCCUCCAAGAAUUCUAUGCUGAGAAGCAGAAACGACAAGAGAUCCUAGAGAAGCUAGAGUCACAGAAACAGUUAACAGAAAAUAUAAUUUUUGAGGAAAACUGGCAACUAAGUCAGUUCUGGUACAAUGACACUACAGUGCAAGCUCUAGUGAAAGCUGUUGACAAAUUGUUACCUGACAAUGGAAAAGUAGCUCUUAUAUCAUGUCCUACACUGUUUGUGCCAGUUAAGAGACAACUUGGAGCUACGGCAACUGUAACCCUUCUUGAAUACGACAGAAGAUUUGAAGUUCACAAAAAUGAAUUCAUAUUCUACGACUACAACUCACCAGACAAAAUACCAACAGAUUUUGAACAUGCUUUCGAUCUGGUUAUUGCUGAUCCACCGUUCCUCUCAGAAGAGUGCAUAACAAAAACGUCACAAACAAUAAAAUUACUGGCUAAAAAUAAAAUCGUUGUUUGCACAGGGGCGAUUAUGAAGGAGCAUGUUGAAAAAUUGUUAAGCCUAAAACAGUGUGAAUUUAAACCUCAACAUAGGAAUAAUUUAGCAAAUGAAUUUUCCUGUUAUGCCAAUUUCGAUUUGGAUGAUGUAUUGAGGUGAUACUAGAAAUAUAUGUAUGUCUUUAUUCAGUUACAAUAAUAUGGGGACCCAGUCAAGCUUGAAUUUGACAGUUACCCAAUUAACUAAUUGCAAGUAAUCUAUCAGAAAGAAGAAAGAAAAAAUCUUUAUUACAGCAUUAUGCCACACAACACAAUUUGCUCUUAUUAUCAUAUUAAAUAAUAAGACAGGACAAUAUCCUGCGAUGUGUGGUAUAACCCAAUAAAGGGCCCCAACUCAGCAUAAUGCUACAUACUCUUUAUCAGUGACAAAGUUUAUACUCAUUAAUUGAUUAUGAAACACGGCUAACACUCAUGUGAUAUGAGGUUGGAGUAUGCUCAACUAGUUUUGAACUCGUACCCUUAGUCAACGUAUAACGUGUUUCAUAAUCAAGUACUAGUUUAACUUCUAAAGAAGUUUAUACAAACAAGAUCAUGUAAAUAUUGUAUGAUAAUUUUUAAUAAACCAUUCCUUCUUUA